GUUUUACUCAACUUUCAAUUAAUAACUAGCUUUAUUCUCCAAUCUUCAUCAUACUAUCCAGCCAUUUAUAACUUUGGUUACUCUCAAAUUGAUCAAAAUUACCUCAUUUUCCUAAUAAUUAUCAAAUUUAUCCAGAUCCCUCCUUAAACCCAAUCCAAUUCACUAAACUAAUUAAAUCCAUACAAAUUAAACCCCCAUAAACAAACGCAUUGAUUAACGAUUAAAAGAUGAAAAUUGAGGUUGUUCAUGAAAUUCACAAGAGGGGUUUGACAAAAACAUUUCUUUUGGCUUUGCUAGCACUACUUUGUACCACGCAUGUUCUUGGCGCCGAUAAUAAUUAUUUGUACAUUAAUAUCACAAUACUCCAUAGCGCAACUGCCCAAGGCGCAGUAUGUCUCGAUGGAAGUCCACCAGCAUAUCAUGUGGAUAGGGGACAUGGUACCGGACUUCGCAGCUGGAUUAUCUACUUGGAUGGAGGCGGUUGGUGCAACAAUAUCUCAGAUUGUCUUAAUCGUUCAACUAAAUUCUUAGGUUCUACAACGAAGAUGAAUCAACAAGGUUUUUUCGGUGGGAUACUUCAUAAUACCUCCAAAGAAAAUCCAAAGUUUCACAAUUGGAACAGGGUGAGGGUGAAGUAUUGUGAUGGUGCAUCUUUCACCGGUGAUGUUGAACAAGUCAACCCGGAGAACAAGUUAUAUUUCCGAGGGGCAAGAAUAUUUAAGGCAAUUAUGGAGGAUUUAUGGAACAAAGGAAUGAAAAAUGCUGAAAAUGCAAUUCUAACCGGAACAUCAGCAGGAGGAUUGGCAACAAUUUUGAAUUGCGACAAGUUCAAAAGCCUCCUUCCAGAGAGUGCCAGAGUAAAAUGUGUUGCAAAUGCUGGCUUCUUCAUCGACGGCAAGACAAUAAAUGGUACUUCACAUAUUCAAGAGAUGUAUCAAGAAAUUGUUAACCUACAUGGAUCGGCUAAGAAUUUACCGUUAGCUUGCACGUCUGCAAUGGAACCAAGUUUGUGUUUUUUCCCUCAGAAUGUUGUUUCAUACGUUCAGACUCCACUUUUCAUUAUCAACUCAGUUUAUGAUUCCUGGCAGAUUAAUAACACUUUGGUACCUUCAUACCUUGAUCCUCAACAUGCCUGGAAGGAUUGCAUCAACAACAUAAGUAGCUGCACAUCUAGCCAACUUCUAAUUAUUCGAGCCUUCGGAGUUGAAUUCUUGAAGAUAUUUGGUGGACUACCCCCUUGUUUUACGAGGGGUUAUUUCCUCACAUCUUGCUAUUCUCAUGGUGAUAUUCUAUCAACGUCAUACUGGUAUAAUACUACCUCUCCAAGGUUACUUAGUAAGACAAUUGCAGAAGCUGUUGGGGAUUGGUACUUUGAGAGAGCAGGAUUUCAACAUAUAGACCCGUAUCCUUGUGUUAAAAAUUGCAAAUAAUUGUAAGUUCCGUGAAAUUCUA